AUGUCCAACUUACAAGGAACCCACCUCCAAAAGAAAUCCACCAACCUCCUCUGCGGCGGUAACCGUGCCCACUCUCACCGUCUCCGCUACGCCAGACGCCAAGAAGAAGUCGACGACCUUCAAGACGGUAAAAACACAUGGUUCACCGACCGUCCCAUAAGAUGGAAACUCUACGGUACCAUUAAAGGCUUCGACAUGUCCACAAUGGAAUCCAUCAUCGUAAAAGCUCUGAAUAAAUGGGCCGCCGUAUCGAGCCUCACAUUCGAAAAGGCGGCUGAGGGGGCUGAUCGGGACGACAUUGAAUUAAAAAUAGAAGUUUCGGGACCUGAUGUUCUUGAUCCUGAUUUCCCAGCACAGACCGAUGGAUCUUGGAUCGCUGCUAAUGCUUCAUGGGGACCUGGCAUUUCAAGCCGAUGGGUCCCAGUCGAAAAGAAGGUUUGGACGGGAUAUGUCAAGUUCAAUAACACCAGUACUGGACCGAAUAACUGGAAUGUUAAUCAGAUUCAUAAUGUUUUUUUGCAUGAGGUUGGUCAUACUUUGGGAUUGGGGCAUACUUUGACUGAAAAUGCUAUUAUGGCGAGGUUGAUGGCUGGCGGUGGUGGAAAUGUGGACUUGGACUUGAAGCCAGAGGACAUUACGAGGAUUCAGAAGUAUUAUAAGCCAUCGGGAAUGAGGAGAGUUAGGAGAAGGAAUAUGUAA